AUGCAUCUCGCCCAGAAGCUGUCCGCCCUGGUGGCGGCCGCAAGCCUCCUCCAACCAGCCCUCACCCAAUCCAGCACGCCCGCCGCCUACACAGACCCGGACACGGGCAUCACCUUUGACACAUGGACCGUUGCGCCGACCUCGUCUGCCGCGGGACUCACCUUCGGUGUGGCGCUGCCCGAGGAUGCGCUUAGUAGUGAUGCGAGUGAGUUUAUUGGGUAUCUUUCCUGCGGCACCCCCGGCUGGUGCGGCCUGUCUCUCGGCGGAAGCAUGAACUCGAACCUGCUGCUCAUGGCGUACCCCUCGCCGACCACCGACACGGAGGUCCUGACCUCCUUCCGCUUCAGCUCGGGCUACGCGCUGCCCAGCCUGUAUUCCGGAAACGCAACCCUCACGCAAAUCUCCUCGACCGUCACCUCCACGCACUUUACGCUCCUCUUCCGCUGCGAGAAUUGUCUGGCGUGGGACCACGAGGGCGUCACGGGGGCUGCGAAAACGAGUAAUGGGAGACUUGUGCUUGGUUGGGCGCAGGGGAGUGAACCGCCGACGGAGGCGAGCUGUCCCGAUGAGCUGGUUGUCGUGCAGCAUGAGGCGCAGAGUAUCUGGGUGGGCAUGUUAGAUUCCGCACCCUCUGCCGAGUAUACGUCCUGGACGGAGCUUGCGACCGAGGUCGUACCGGGGACCUGUGAAGGUAACGGCGGAGGUGGCGGCGGAGACGAUGACAUACCCGGCAUCCCCGUGCCUUCCAAUGCAACGUACGACUACAUCGUGGUGGGCUCGGGCCCGGGCGGAAUGGUAACAGCCGACCGGCUCAGCGAAGCCGGGCAUCGCGUGCUGCUGAUCGAAAAGGGGCCCCCGAGCAUCGGGCUCUGGGGCGGGACACUCAAACCAACCUGGCUAGAGGGGACGGAGCUCACGCGGUUCGAUGUACCCGGACUCUGUAACCAGAUCUGGGUGGAUAGCGCGGGGAUCGCGUGUCCGGAUAACGAUCAGAUGGCGGGGUGUGUGCUUGGAGGGGGCACGGCGGUGAAUUCGGGACUCUGGUGGAAGCCCUACUCGAAGGAUUUCGACGAGGGGUUUCCGGAUGGUUGGGGGUAUAAUGCGCUCAAGAGAUCUGUGGACAAGGUCUUUUCGAGGAUUCCAGGGACGAUUCACCCGAGUACGGAUGGGUUUAUAUACCUACAAGAGGGACCGAGCGUUCUCAUCAACGGAUUGUUGGCCAGUGGCUGGAAGAUGUCCUCUUUCAACGAUGCGCCCGAGGAAAAGUACAAAUCUGUCGGGUACAGUCCGUACAUGUUCUCCAAGGGCCAGCGCAACGGGCCCAUGGCGACGUAUCUCGUUUCGGCGAAUGGACGGACGAACUUUGAGAUGUGGGUGAACACCACGGUGCGUCGGGUUGUUCGCGAGGGGAGCACCGCUACGGGCGUCGAGGUGCAGCCCUUCCUCGAGGGCGGGUACGAGGGCGUUGUUCAGCUGAGUGAGCAGGGGAGAGUCGUCCUUUCGGCGGGCGCGUUUGGGACGCCGAAGAUUUUGUUCAGAAGUGGAAUCGGCCCCCAAGACCAGCUCACCGUCGUCAAGAACUCGAAGCUUGACGGCGAGACCAUGAUCAACGAGACCGACUGGAUUAACCUGCCCGUCGGCGAGAACCUCAUGGAUCACCCUAACACCGAGGUCGUCGUCCAACACCCCGACAUUGUCUUUUACGACUUUUACGGCGCGUGGGAUGAUCCCAUCGAGGCGGAUAUGAACAGGUACCUGACCAACCGCACCGGCCCGUUGGCACAGGCGGCACCGAACGUCAACCCAGUGUUCUUCGACCAAGUCACCGGCCCCGACGGUAUAACCCGCCAACUGCAAUACCAAGCGCGCGUCGAAGGAAGCCAUGGCAUCGCUAACGGCCAAACAAUAACAAUAACCCAAUACGUCGGCCGCGGGCAAAGCUCGCGCGGAAAACUGACAAUAAACUCCGGGCUGAACACCGUCGUCUCGACACUCCCCUGGCUGACCGACGCAAACGACGUGGAUGCCGUUGUCCAGGGAUUCGAACGGUUGCAAGCGGCGCUGAAGAAUGUCUCAGGUCUGACCUGGGCGUUCCCGACGAGCAAUGUGUCGAUUCCGGAUUUCGUGGACAGUUUGGCACUCACGGGACGGGGGAGUAAUCAUUGGAUGGGCUCCUGCAAGAUGGGCAGCGACGACGGACGCGACGGCGGCACUGCCGUCGUUGAUCUUGACACGAAGGUCUACGGGAUGGACAACCUCUUCGUCGUCGACGCGAGUAUCUUCCCGGGGAUGAUCAGUACGAACCCCUCGGCGUAUAUCGCCGUUGUGGCGGAGAGGGCCGCGGAGAGGAUUCUGGCGCUGUAG